GAUUCAGAGUGAACCUGUCGCCAAAACCGAUAUACAGGCGGUCGGGGUGCGGGUCCUCAGUAAUCCCCGAUCUGUUUAAAGGUCGGGAGUGGGGAAUUUGCGCGCACUGCCGGUUAUUGUUAAGCGUUGCAGGAGGCUGGUCGCUUUUCGCUUUUCCCUCCUAAGUAGCAGCUGCGACGGCGAUGCUUCAAAUUCGGCUGAGCAAAGGGCCGCCCGGUGGUCCGGCCCCUUCUGAAGGCGGGGGGAGUGGAUCAACAGGGAAGUCGCUUCCACCGCCUCCGGAGAGCGGCGUGACUGUGGCCUGCCCAGAUCACCUGGUGCUCGCCGAUCUCCCGGUUGCCAAGAGCCUCGGCAACCCAUCCACUUCUGCCCAAGUGAAGACCGUCGGCAGGAGAUCCAGGCGCCAACUAGGAGAGCGCGUCCAUUUCUGCGUUCGCUGCGAUUUCCCGAUCGCCAUUUACGGCCGCCUGAGCCCUUGCGAGCAUGCUUUCUGCUUGGUUUGUGCGAGGAGUGAUUCCAGCUGCUAUCUUUGUGAUGAGCGAAUCCAGAAGAUCCAGACCAUUAAGUUGCUGGAGGGUAUAUUCAUCUGUGCAGCACCACAUUGUCUUAAAUCCUUUCUGAAGAGGUCCCUUUUUGAAGCACAUAUCAAUGAAACCCAUGCAGACCUGCUUCAGCUCAAUCCUGAUAGAGAAGAACCUGCCAAUGAAAAUGAUGGUUUUAUGGCCACUUCUCGACCGUCUUCUGCCUCAUCUGAUGUUCACCCUAAGCCCCCCCUCCUGCCAGAACCUUCUGCAUCUCGUGCACAGUCGAGGCCUAUUGCUCCAACAAGCCACAAUGCAGGUAUACUUUCUUCUGAGCGUGAUGAUAAAGCACGUAGGAGUCAGCCAAAGGAACAGUUGCCACCUCCACCAGCAGUGAAGCAACCUCCACAGCUGAAGCCACCAUUAUAUGGCCGAGCCCCAGAUCAGCAGGUCGACAGUGCACAGCACAAUUUUGAUCGGUUGCCUCCACCACUGCCAUUUAAUCGCUUUCAGCAGCAACAAAACAAUUUUGACCUGCCAAUGGGACCACCUCGGAAGGAUUCUGAACCAUUUCCUGAGCAACAACAAGAAUCUUCAUCCGUCCAAGAUUACCUACCUCCGCAGGGUCCAUUUCCACCUGCUUUCCCACCCUCGUAUGCAUAUCCUCCUCCAAUGCCCGUGUCUGCAGAUGGUAGUCAGUCAUUUUACUAUGACGCAUCAAGGACAGACCUGCCAUCAGCUGAGGGAGUUCCUGAGCAACAAGGGUCUUUGCUGGGAUUCCCUUCUGUCCAGUCACAAGGGAUGUAUAAUUUUCACGAGAGUAAUUAUUCACGGCCGUGGAACAUGGGUGUUGCUUCAGGCCAGAGUACAUCCUACGAAGGUCUGCCAGGGAUUCCGGGAGCACAAGGCAGCUACAUGCACGAUCAAAGCUCAGAUUUUUCUGGGGCAAGGGUGCCAUAUUUUCAAGGGGACAGUGGUCGUGUUAUGGGAGCUUUUACAGCUGGUAAAGGAACUGAGUCAGGUGGCAGUGCUGGUAGCGUUGGAGGUGCCGAUUACCAGGAGGGUAAGGGAGUGUUAGCACCAUUGCCGCCGCCCCCACCAUUGCCCUUGCCUCCUCCACAUCUUAAAAGGGGUAAGUUUGGAGGGCGACCACCUGAUGCAGGCCGGGAUGGGUAUGGUUGGCAGCAUCAUGACAAACGCAGCUAUAGUGGGAGCCAAGAUUAGUUUUUCCUGCAAUCAUUUUCAGUUCUCUAAUAAUGUAAACUGUCAAGGAGAUUAAUAGGAUUUUCCUUUCCGUGCGUCUCUCAUGACAUGUUUCAGUUUAAUUAUGUAGAUAUUGCAAAUGCCCUGUCGGUCUGAAUCACAUCGUGAACUGAUAUAUUUUUGUGGAUUAGCUUUAAUUAACUAGCCAAAACCCUUGCCAA